UUCUUCAAAAAAUAGUUAGUUAGUUCCGUCCGCGCAGCGGGGCGCAUCGGGCAACAAGCAUUCGCCAGCGGGCUCGGUCGGAAGCGUCGAUUUCCACAUCUUCCCACUUGACAUCGAGCGCUCGUAGAUCUUCCAUGAAUGUUCGUCGCCAAGUAUUCCGCGGCCGCCCUACUCUUCUCUUCCCCCGUGGCGGCGUCCAGCGCAGCGCGAUCUUUGCGUGGCGGUGGUCAGACAUCCGUAAAAAAAAAAAACGUCAAAAAAUAGACAUCCUAUUAGUUAAAUAUCUAUUUUUGAGAUCUAUUUUUUUUUUGAAGAAAACCAAAAUGUGUGUGUCAUACCUGACACCUAGAUGAACACGAUACAGUUGGUUGUGUGACUGUACAUCAUUCCCUUCAAAUACUAUUGAGCUUUAAAUAAUGGUAUAUUUUGUGUAGGAGCCCAUGCAGUAAUAAAAUACAUGGCAAUAUUUAUAUAUGAUUUGAUAAUUUAUUUUAUUAAAUAUCAGAAAUCUAAAAGGUGUGCAUUAUAGCUGAGACCUAGAUGAAGACUUUACAGUUGGUUAUAUGACUGUAAGUCAUUCCUUUCAAAUACUAUUGAAGUUAGAAUCGUGUUUAACAAUGUCGUGUGUAACUUUAGAGACGGUCCCUUAGUAUCUGCAUCUCCACGAAUAUCGAACGUCGAACCAACUUUAUUCCAGUCUAAAACUGACUACGUUCUUCAGUAGCCCCUCCCCUUCUAAGGACACUACAGAUAUUAAUUCAGCACUCUGUUAUCCGAACACUGGACUUGAGGGAAUCUACCAUGCGCAGGAAAUAAAACACGGCCAUGACAUCAUCACCAGGUUGGAUUUGAGUCCGACUGGAUAUCGUUUAUUAUCGUGUUUAUUAACGGGUCCGCCGUCGCGCUUUCUUCUUCUUCUCUCUUUUUUUUUCUUCUUUUUUUUGUUUUUUUUGAGGUAGUUUCACUUUAAGGUCUCGCGCUCGCUCGGAAUCGCCAUUGUUGAGGCUCGCGCAGGGACGAGCAGCGCUAGCAGCGAUGCUUCCGCCGUCAAACUGACAGCUACAUGUUAUUAUCAGUCGCGAGACAGGAGCCUCCAGCUGCCGAGUGAGCUGCGUUUGUUGUUUUGUUUUUUUUAUUUUUUAUUUUUAUUAUUGUUUCCCCCCCCCUUCAGUGUAUGUAUUUCAUUUCGGUGUUUUGCUGAGACGACAUGAGAGCUUGUGAGUCUCUGGAGUGAAAGCGGAGCGGUUAGUGUAGUGACACCUGGGUCAGCUCUGUCUACACGCUUCUCCGUCGUGACUGAGAACGAAGGAACGAAGAAGAAGAAGAAGAAGAAGAAGGAGGAGGAGGAGAAGAAGAACGGGAUUAAAAACGAGCGUUAAUAUUUGUAGAAAUUCUCCGAAAGGCCGUUCCGCUUGAGGGUUUUGGAGUUUGAAGGGGAUGUGUUCAAGGCAAGAGAGAAUUCAAAAAGACGUCGACAUCGUUAUACAGAGGUGCCAGGCGGAGAAAGACUGCCUUUUCUCGGAUUUUCUAUUCACCGACGCCACCUUCACGUUUACGUACUCGAAAGGGUCGAAAAGUGUGUCCUACUCUGUACAUGUCUCUGAUGAUUAUCCAGACAACACAUACGUCUCAAACUCUGAAAACAACGAUGAUGUAUUAGUCACAAGAGAUCCAAUACCAGUUAUUUUCCAUAGAAUUGCAACAGAGAUAAGGACAGCUAACGAUGACAGCUGUUUUUCCAUCAAGUCAAAGCUUCAGAUUGACAAAAACCCGUACCAUUACACCGUAGAAGAGGAUUCAGAAGGAGAUAAUGACUCUGAAGAGUUCUACUAUGGUGGUCAGCAGGUGAAUUAUGAUGGGGAACUUCACAAACACCCACAGCUGGAGGCUGACCUGGUAGCCGUGAGGGAGUUAUAUGGCCAUCAUGCAGUAUCUCUCAGGGAAUAUGGUGCAAUUGAUGAUGUAGACAUUGAUCUACACAUUGAUGUCAGUUUCCUCGAUGAGGAAAUUGCCCUUGCCUGGGAUGUGAUCAGGACCGAACCUGUUAUUGUACGUCUUCACUGCUCACUUACGCAGUAUCUAAAUGGACCAGUUCCCACCGUUGACGUAUUUCAAGUGUCCACAAAAGACAGGUUCGGCCUGGGACAUCAACUGAAAAAGAUAAUGCAGACCUUUGUCACACAGCAGUGGAAGCAUCAAACUAAAGACAAGCUUAACUGCCCACAUAGCAAAAAACAGACGGAUAAGAAGGUGAAGUCUCCGCUGCACAUCUUCUCAACCCUCCGCAGGUCCCCCAGCUAUCCCCCUCCCGGCUGCACAAAGAACAAAAAGAAACUCAAGCACGAGCAGGAUGGUGUGUCCAAAUCGCAUCGCCUCUUGCGCCGUACUUGUUCGAGCGCAGUGAAGCCCGAGGUGGACGGCUGUGCCGGAAAGCCACGCAAACUCCUGGGCCCUUCACUGUCAGAGCAGACGCCUGGCCUCAAACCACCUCAGAAUCUCUUGCCAAGGCCUGAAGAAAGCGUGAUGUCACGGUCUCACAGACUCCUGCCACGCUCUGGUGAGCCUCGGUGUGAACGUAGCACAGGCAGCGACAGUAAUAGCGUUCUGAAGCAUCACCGGCUCCUUCACCGCACCGAUGAGCUGGACGGUCUCAAACACCAACACCGGCUCCUCAGCAGGUCCUGCUCCAGCAGUGCCAAGAUGACCAAAAGCGAGCCGCUCAAGGAGCCGUCUGGAGAUAGCCGUCGCCUCUCGCUCUCCUCAGGACUCAUAGGCAUCCUGGCCCCGGCACUCUCUCCCGCACCACCGCCAAACAACGGAGCCAAGUCUAUUCCAGUCAGAGACCAUGGCUUUCUCAUCCAGACAAUGGAGUACGCAGAGCAGAGGAUCCCAGUCCUGAACGAAUUCUGUGUGGUCUGUGAUGAACCUCAUGUGUUUCAAAAUGGACCAAUGCUCAGGCCCACAGUGUGUGAGAGAGAGUUGUGUGUCUUUGCCUUCCAAACCCUAGGAGUCAUGAAUGAGGCUGCUGAUGAGAUCGCCACAGGUGCCCAGGUUGUUGACUUGCUGGUCUCCAUGUGUCGCUCUGCAUUGGAAUCACCGAGAAAAGUAGUCAUUUUUGAGCCAUAUCCCUCAGUGGUAGAUCCCAGUGACUCACAGUCCUUGGCCUUCAACCCAAGGAAAAAAGACUAUGAUCGGGUAAUGAGAGCUCUUGAUAGCCUCACGUCUAUCAGAGAAAUGACCCAGGCAUCAUAUUUGGAGAUAAAGAAGCAGAUGGACAGAAUUGACCCCCUGGCUCACCCUCUAUUGCAAUGGGUGAUAUCCAGUAACAGGUCUCACAUAGUGAAGCUACCAGUGACCAGACAACUAAAAUUUAUGCACACCCCACACCAGUUCCUCUUACUCAGCAGCCCACCGGCCAAAGAAUCCAACUUUAGAGCUGCCAAAGGCCACUUUGGGAGUACCUUCGCUUUCCAUGGAUCACACAUAGAGAACUGGCACUCCAUUUUGAGGAAUGGUUUGGUUGUGGCCUCCAAGACAAAACUCCAGCUCCAUGGCGCCAUCUAUGGGAAUGGAAUUUAUCUCAGCCCACUGUCAAGCAUAUCCUUUGGUUACUCAGGGAUGAACAAAAAACAGCAGAAAGUUGCGUCAAAAGACGAAACUGCUACGAACAAGACCAGUAUUCAUCUGCAGUCACAGAAAAAAGGUCAGCAGCCACAGUUUCUGCAGAGUCGCAAUCUGAAAUGCAUAGCCUUAUGUGAAGUUAUUACUUCGCCGCACCUUCACAAGCAUGGCGACAUCUGGGUAGUCCCAAACACUGAUCAUGUCUGCACACGAUUUUUCUUUGUCUAUGAGGAUGGACAGGUGGGCGACACAAACAUCAACACGCAAGACCCCAGCAUCCAUCGAGAGAUCUUACGAGUCAUCGGCAACCAAACAGCCACAGGAUGAACGACUCCAAAAGCAAUACCGCUGCCUAAACCUGCCCUCCUGACUCAGAGCUGGAUAUUUGAGCAUAGGAGGGUUUAUCAUAGGUAUUUUACUAAUCACAGAACACAAGAGAGAGAGAAAAUAUCUACAAAAUAAAAGCAGUUUCCCAUAUGUAUUUACACUGGCGAAUACAUUUUGCCAGGUUUAUGAAUAAAAUAAACAUUUUUAAAGAUUGUGGUAUGUUUCUCGGUUCAGCCGAUUUUUUUUCAAGUUAAGAAAGAAAAGAUCCUUAUUUCUGUAACAUUUUGAGACUUCUGCCAGAUGUUAUUUGGCCUUUGUGGUAUUAUACCAUUCUGCAUUGUUUACUAAGAAUUGGACUUUUAAAGGUACAACUUUGUGCUCACCGAAGGUGUUAAUAUGCACUUUAUUUUUUCUUAACGUAAGGUUUUAGUUCCAACUUCAUUAUAUUAAAAUGCCUUUAAAGACAAUGGAUUGCAUAUUGACCUUGGUGAAGGUAAGCAGAGCAGAGACAUUAAGAGUUGAAAGGUUGUUGUGUUUACAAAUCCCAUGUUCCUGAGCUACAUGAGUUAUUACAUGCUACCUGGCAGUAGCUGUUGGUUUACAGUUUCCAAAAAGAGGUCCCAGUUUAUUCCCUCUGAUUCCAUGGCAACUCUGUUUGCUGUUUUUUCAACACAAUGACUGUGACAUUAGGUUGCCAUUUUGGUAUGAUCUUCAUAAAAAGAUUUAAGUAUUUAAUAUAUAUUUGAAAGACACUGAUGGGAAAACAAAAUGCAUGUGGCUUUCCUUACAUUUUCAGUCAGUUUGUGUUCUUAGAUAUGUUAAUAGCAUUUUUGUACAAGACAAACUGACACCCAGAUGCAAAAUGUAUUUAAAUAUUUCAGUAUAUAUCUUUUUUGUAAAGGUGAUUUAAGAUGGAAUAAAAGUUGCAGCGUGUUUGUUUGUUGGUCAAAUCCAAAUGAUCGAGUACUCCACAAUUGCUCUGUCAUUUCUCUCAAAUUGUUUAAGGCAAUGAGUUCAAAUGUUGAUAAAGGUUUCAGAAGAUUGACGAUCCCUUCAAAAAAAAUACAAUAUCAUUGUUGUCUGAUUCUUGACUAAAUUAUACAUUGACCCAAUCAAAGUAGAGUGCCACAAAGGUUAUCACUUUAUAUUUAUGAUAAAUAUAUAAAUAUAUAAAAUGAUAGACUUUGUGAGCUUUGAAUCUGGACUGACGUUAACUAUGUUCAGAUUACAUUUACUUACAUUUGAUAUGUAUACAGAUAUUUUCACCUUUCAUAAGACUUACAUAAUUUUUGAACUGUAGAGAAAAAAUAUUUUGUAAUUAUAUAUAUAUAUAUAUAUAUAUAUAUAUAUAUAUAUAUAUAUAUAUAUAUAUAUAUAUAUAUAUAUAUAUAUAAACACCAGACUAGUACAGCAUCCUAUUCUUAAACAAAGUGUUAGUGCUCAACCUUUGGACAGCAAUUAUUCUCACACAAGUAAAAUUCAAAACAUGACUUGAUCAUGGUUUCUAAAUAAAGCGUGCUGUGUUUUAUUUGUAUGGUUUUGUAUAUUUCACUGAACUUUCAUGCCACUUAGCAUUUGGUGCCUUACAGUGAAGGAUUAUUGGGAAAUAUGUAACUGUACAUACUGUAAAUACUGCCAGAACAUGGAGUCCAACUAUUUUCUGUAUUCAGUUUUUACUUUUUUCUUUAUUUUGCGAACAGAUCAAGCUUUGGGGCUUUUUACAAGUUCUGGAAACAGUAGCUUAUGUACCUGUUUAUGUUCAAUAAAGUUGAAUUUACCUAUAAA